CAUUCCCGGCAUCUCGGUGGACCUCAUAGUUGAAGUGUCUCCAGUGACGAGGUGCGUGCGCGCCCUCUGAAGACGCAUCCAAAAUCCUCAGCAAUUAGGCUUCUUUGCGGUUCAUCCGAAGAGAACAGGAUCUACGAUUUUAAAGUGAGAACUGACAGUUUCAUCCGAGAGAAGAAGUACGCGUAGUGACAACUCUUUUAGCGACCAUGCUGUAAACUACAAGAAUUGACAGAAGUCAACGUUUCUUUAUUUCAAAUCAAAGUCAGUGUGACUUGAUUGCAAGGCGCCCUGCCUGUAGCAAACAACUGGAGCAGUUGUAAAGCCACCAAUGCGAAAGUUAUUUACCGAGGAUGAGGAUGAGAAUCAACGCCAUUCUACUGCUCUUCACACUCUGUCUUACAAGCAGCAGAGCAGAGAGUGCUGAGGAGCGGCUGGUCAAUUUCUUGUUAGGUCCAGAACGCUACAACAAACUGAUCAGGCCAGCUGUCAACAAGAGCCAACAAGUCACCAUCUCUAUUCGGGUGUCACUGUCUCAGCUCAUCAGUGUCAAUGAACGAGAGCAGAUAAUGACAACCAAUUUGUGGCUGUCUCAGGAGUGGAAUGACUAUAGGUUGAGGUGGGACCCAGAGAAGUAUGAAGGCAUUAAGAAACUUCGAAUACCCUCCAAACUCCUCUGGCUUCCUGACAUUGUGCUGUACAACAAUGCUGAUGGUGUGUAUGAAGUGUCCUUCUAUUGCAACACUGUGGUCUCCAAUACGGGGGACAUCUUUUGGCUCCCUCCGGCCAUCUACAAAUCAGCCUGCGCCAUUGAGGUGCAGAACUUCCCCUUCGACCAGCAGAACUGCACACUCAAGUUCCGGUCCUGGACCUACGAUCACACAGAAGUUGACCUGAUUCUCACCAGUGACUUUGCCAGUCGUGACGACUUCACACCCAGUGGAGAGUGGGAUAUCGUCUCGCUCCCGGGACGCAAAAAUGAGGACCCCAAUGAUAUCACUUACCUCGAUAUCACCUAUGAUUUUGUUAUCAAGAGGAAGCCGUUGUUUUAUACCAUCAAUAUGAUCAUCCCAUGUGUGUUGAUCACCUCUCUGGCUAUUUUGGUGUUCUACCUGCCAUCAGACUGUGGCGAGAAGAUGACAUUGUGUAUCUCGGUGUUGCUGGCACUCACUGUGUUCCUGCUACUUAUUUCAAAGAUUGUACCGCCCACCUCCCUAGCUGUCCCUCUCAUUGGUAAAUACCUGAUGUUCACCAUGGUGCUAGUCACUUUCUCCAUUGUGACCUCCGUGUGCGUUCUGAACGUCCAUCACCGCUCCCCAUCCACUCACCAUAUGCCUGAAUGGGUGAAUCGCCUCUUCUUAGUUCAACUUCCCACUUUUCUUCUCAUGAGGAGUCCAGGUGCGACUAAUGUCCGUGAAAAGCUCAGGUGGAAGUAUGGUGACCGGAGCGCUGUCAGAAAAAGUCCUCCUCAGACGGCAACUGAUAAACACCGGUCAAAUAUAAAACUUGGUGGGAUUCAAACGGAUUCUGAUUCCUUCUAUGUGAAUGCAGACUGGGCCCACAAGUAUUGUUGGAGGGUGGGUGAUAUCCCGGAUGGGGGUGGUGGAUGUUCAGACAUCCAGAGGCCUUUGCGCUCUCAAUGGGAUGCAGAUCUGGAGGAGGCGGUGGAAGGAGUGAAAUACAUCGCUGAGCACAUGAAGACAGAGGAUGAUGAUGAAGGGAUAAUAGAAGACUGGAAGUACGUAGCCAUGGUGAUAGACCGUCUGUUUUUGUGGAUCUUCAUCCUGGUGUGUGUGGUAGGAACACUGGGGCUCUUCAUGCAGCCACUGUUCCAAAGCUACAACACACCUACUGCUGAUGAUGCUGAAUAUGGGGACUUCUAGGACGUGAGAAUAAAAUCCUUUCAUUAAGCAGAACUGGCACACAAGGCCAGCGUCCGUUCCUGAUCCAGCUUUGUUGGUGGAAACUAAAUGUUAAUGUCUCGUGUGCAAUAUAACUUCUGCUGGAGUUUUCUCCCUAUGUAUUUAUUUACGUACAUACUGUACAUACAUACAUAGCUGUACAUAUUACAAAUACUGUACUUAUGAGGCUAUUCAGGGUGCAGUAUGUACGUACAUCCAUACAUACAUACAUACAUUUAACUGUUACAUAUAUGAAAUCUUUUUAAGUUAAAAUAUUGUGUCAUAGUUUCUGUCUUGAAGGCUUCAAGGUUGAAACUAUGCUGAUAAAACUGUUAUUGCAUGACUUUUAAAAAAAUUUGACCAGACUUCACUGAGGUUCUACCAGCGUGACAAACUUCAUGACUCAAUAAACUGUUCUUCUGUUUAACAUAAUCUAAUUGUAGUGUUUCAACAUAGACGGUUAAUUUUCACAAAGUAAAGACAAAGUGUCAAUGUAGAGAAGUACUGUAUUAACUUUCCCAGGUUUAUUUCAGAAAGCACUUCAUUACUACUAUGAAAUUAAUUUUAAUGAACGCAAUCGAUUUAAUGAGGUGUGUGUUUUCUCUGUGGCACGACUGUUGUGAAAAAUAUAUGUAUUUUUUAAUAUUAUAUCUCUUAUGCAUUACAAGACCUCGGUAUACAAGUUUGAAAAGAGGUGUAAAUUGUAAUGUUGGAUGUUAUGCAAAUUGUUGUUGUUCUAAAAUAUACUGUGCAAAAGUCCUGGCCACGACUAGCUUCGUUUUAUAUUUAACCUUUAACAGUGCUUUCAUUUCGGCAUUGUAGACCAGUAAAGAGUAGGACAGAUAGAACACACAAUCAUUAGAAAAGCAAAGAUUCCCUCAAAAUUUUACUUUGGGGAUGUGCAGAAGAUAAAGAAGAGCAUUUGCUUUUGAGAAUCUGGAUAAAGGUGCAAAUAUGCAAAUGUAUUUUGAAGUAUGCUACUUCUCCCAACAACUAAUAAAAAUACUUUACAACA